AUGGCUUAUGCAGCAAUGAAGCCUGCGAAGGCUGGUUUAGAAGAGCCACUCGAGCAAAUCCAUAAGAUCAGGAUUACUCUCUCCUCAAAGAAUGCCAAGAACGUCGAAAAAGUGUGCUCUGAUUUGGUUCGAGGAGCAAAGGACAAGGGACUCAGAGUCAAGGGACCAGUGAGAAUGCCCGUUAAGGUUCUUAAAAUCACUACACGAAAAGCUCCUUGUGGUGAAGGAACCAAUACAUGGGACAGAUUCGAAUUGAGGGUUCACAAGCGUGUGAUUGAUCUCUUCAGCUCUCCUGAAGUGGUCAAGCAAAUCACUUCCAUCACCAUUGAACCUGGUGUUGAGGUCGAGGUCACCAUCGCCGACUCUUAG